AGUAAUUGCAUAAAUGGGCAUGGAAACAGAAGCCAAAGGUCGACGCUGAUAAGAAUGCACUUCGGGGGUGACCUCUACAAUCAGCACUUAAGAGCACCCCCAACCCCAAACCCCAACCAUACAAAACUGAUAAGAAGUUCGGCUCGCAGAACAGGGAGAACAAGUUAAAUACAAGUCGUGCAGAGCUAAACGCUCAGUUGGAAAGCAAACGUGGAGCAAAACAGUCACAGCCGUGGACGUUCGAAGACGAAAAGACAGAUGAAUGAGUGAACGAGUGCCAGAAACGGGUUAAGAAACGUUAACACUCAACGGUCAGCGAUCUUUGGCAUCGCAAUCGCAUCUUCGUCUGCAAACUCACCCAACUCGCACCUCGGUCGUUUUAGGCAUCAUUCAAGGGCAACCCUCGUUUUUUUCCCCAACUGAAUCACCAUACGGGAGCUCUUUAACAUAAUCACCUGUAAAAAAAAACAGGAUGGCCCCACCCACCGUAUUGGUCACCGGAGGAGCCGGCUACAUUGGCUCCCACACGGUUCUGGAGAUGCUCAAUGCGGGCUACAACGUCAUCUGCGUGGACAACCUCUGCAAUGCCUACAGCAGUGGAGCAGCCAAACUGCCGGAGGCCUUGAGCCGCGUCCAGGAAAUCACCGGCAAAAAGGUCAACUUCUACAGAGUGGACAUCACGGACAGGGAGCAAGUGCGCUCCGUUUUCCAGGAGCACAAAAUCGACAUGGUGGCCCACUUUGCGGCCCUGAAGGCCGUUGGCGAGUCCUGCCGCAUUCCUCUGCAGUACUACCACAACAACAUGACCGGCACGAAUGUCCUGCUGGAGGCGAUGGCCGACAACAACGUGUUCAAGUUCGUCUACAGCUCCAGUGCCACUGUCUACGGCGAGCCCAAAUUCCUGCCCGUCACCGAGGACCAUCCCACUGGCAACUGCACAUCGCCGUACGGCAAGACCAAAUACUUCACCGAGGAGAUUCUCAGGGAUCUGUGCAAGUCAGACAAGCGAUGGGCGGUGGUAUCGCUGCGCUACUUCAACCCGGUGGGCGCCCACAUCAGCGGGCGGAUUGGGGAGGAUCCCAAUGGCGAGCCCAACAACCUGAUGCCCUACAUUGCCCAGGUGGCCGUGGGCCGACGAGCCAGCCUGAGUGUCUACGGCAGCGACUUUCCCACGCACGACGGCACGGGAGUGCGCGACUACAUCCACAUUGUGGACCUCGCAGAGGGACAUGUGAAGGCGCUGGACAAGCUGCGCAACAUCGCCGAGACUGGCUUCUUCGCCUAUAACUUGGGCACCGGCGUGGGCUACUCGGUGCUGGACAUGGUGAAGGCGUUCGAGAAGGCCUCCGGCAAGAAGGUCAACUACACCCUGGUGGAUCGCCGCUCCGGAGACGUGGCCACCUGCUUUGCGGAUGCCACGUUGGCCUAUCAGAAGCUGGGCUGGAAGGCCGAGCGCGGCAUCGACAAGAUGUGCGAGGACACGUGGCGCUGGCAGAGCCAGAACCCCAACGGGUAUGCCAACAAGUAGUGGCCCGUCUGCCCGUCUGUCAGUUCCUGAGUUACUACACCUGCCCCAUAACUCAGGUUAGCCAGUUUGUGUAUAUUUCUUUCCAAAUUCGCGUGUAGUAUCCCCUAUUUUCGAUGUGUGCAAGUGCAAGUGUGUGUAUGUAAAUCCAAAGUACUUUGUAAUUAAAAAGGCUUUUCGCUGUUGUCAUGUAA